AUGGAAUGAAGUUCCAACAUACUAGUGUUUAUUUUACUUAGCUUUUUGAUAUUUUAUUUAAAGCGUUUCCCCAAAAUCUUAUCAUCAAAGCUGUCAGGAAAUUCUUUCACUCUCAUUCAGCUCAGCAAAUUUGAUGGAAGAGAAAAUCUUAUCUAUAUUGGAUGUAAUGAUAAGGUAUUUAAUGUGACGAACCUCCCUAAAUUUUCACCUGGCGGCAAAUAUGAAUUUUUAGUUGGGAGAGAUGCAACAAUGCUUUUUGCAAAAGAAGAAAUUGAUGGGAAAUAUAUUAAUGCAAAACAUGAAAAAUUGAGUGAAGAAGAGGAAGGAAGAUUACAAAACUGGGAAAAAUAUUUUAUGAUGCUAAAGAGAUGUGAAGUGGUUGGAAAGCUUGCUUUGGAUUAA